CUUUAUCUUCUCCUAUUUUGGCUGAAAAAAAUCGAGAAUUUUACAGAUAGAUCAAUGGCGGCAACAACGUUGGUGGCUCAGAUUCCACGAUCUUACUGUUCCAUUUCAUCACACAAUCCGCUUAUGCCCAAAACCGGAUUUCAUGUCCUCCACAAAACGGCGCCGUCUAGGAGAGCAUCAACAGUUCGAGCUUCUUCGGACCCCCAAAGACAAGGUGCCGAUGCAGCUAAUGACAAGACACCAUUUGUUUCCCAGGAUGACUUGAAGUAUUUGGUGAUGUUAGGGGGAGGCUCGUUUGCAGGCGCAGCUGCUAUAAAAUAUGGGAGCAUUAUAUUUCCAGAAAUCACAAGGCCGAAUCUCGGGCUUGCUCUGUUUAUGAUUUUAGCUCCAGUCGUUAUUGCUGUCUUGCUAUUGAUCAAGCAAAGUCGUGUCGAUUGAGAGAUUGUUCAAAAAAAGUAGAGAAUUUUUUGUAGUCUAAAUGUUAUAAAUUGUAGCAAAGUCGUGUCGAUUGAGAGAUUGUUCAAAAAAAGUAGAGAAUUUUUUGUAGUCUAAAUGUUAUAAAUGGU